AUGCGUCGCCUCGCGGGAAAUUUGACCGAUGAGCAGGACAAGCUUUGUGAGAAGGUUUUCAAACAUCUUGCGAAGAAACUCGGGAAGAAAAUUAACGAGCUUCUGCAAGUGCUAAAUGACGAUGCAGGAAGCUGUGCAUGCGUGCUGAUCUCCACUUCCGAUCUGAACUCGUACAGCAUCCCGAGCUCAUCUUCGACUAAUGAUGAAUAUUUUCGCCUAGCCCGUCGCGGCCUGCCCUUCCUGCUCGCCAAGCUCUUUGCAUUUACGACGAUCCGAGAGAGUUCAGAAGUCUCCAUCCGCCAAAACUGCACCCACAAUAUCCUAAGAAAUUCCGAUCCUGUCUGCCUUCAUCCCCAUCACUUCACUCUUACUCAAUUUCGCCAGCCUGCGCCAGUACUCCAGAACCCGAAUCCCACUCUGGAUCAGCUGACCGGCUCCCCUCAAGAAAUCACCUUUCCAAAUCAAUUCUCUCCCACGUCGCAAAACGUCUUUCCCGGCUCUAGCCAACAGCAGGACGUCUUUCACCAGAACAGUCCCUUUUCUUCCUCCGGCUCUUCCUUCGCCUCUUCCCCGAAUCAUGCUCAAUAUGGCCAAAACAGUCCGAUUCACAGAACAAUGCCACAGCAGCAUAUCAGCAGGGAAAUGUCCGCUUGGGCUUCGGUCUUGUACUUUGAAUACAAUCACCGACUCGGGCCACAAUUCAGCGCCACUAGAUCAGACCCGAGCAAAAAUCUCGACGUAGCUCACGUGGACGGCUUUACGGCUCCGCCAGUGACGAAUUCAGACGAGCCAAGAUUCAGCCUCGGCCACAUAUCAAACAUCAACAGAAAACAGGACUCAGAGCUUGCCAGGAGAAGUAUAGGCAACGGAAUCACGCUAGAAAGAAAGACAAAUGGAAUGUACUCAGAAAUAUGGAUCAAAAACAAUUCCGAAUCGUCGAUAUUCGUCCAGUCUGCGACGUGCUCGUUAAGUAAUAAUCUUCACCGCGCCACCGUUUUUAAAAUUCCUUCUCGUUAUGAAGCCGUGAAAAUAUUUUGCGAGCAGUAUUUUGUCAAUUAUCUCGCCAGCCAAAAACCGCUCGGUCAUCGAAGAGUCGAGUCCGUUUCAGCUCUCUGUUCUUUCAGAAUUUCAUUCGUCAAAGGAUGGGGCGAGCGCUACAGACGUCAAACUGUAACCGCUUGCCCGUGCUGGAUUGAAAUUCACCUCCAUGAUCCGUGGGUGCAGCUGGACAAGGUUCUCCAGGAGCUCAAUCCAAGCGAGGCUGGCCGUUCCGACACGUGA